CAUCGAGUACGCAACCAACAACCAACGGUCGUACCUGCAGGACGGUUGUACACUUGUUAGGAGAGGUCUCCUGCCGCGACAUCUGAUGCUGCCCAGUGUCCUCCGCUGUGCUCGGCCCGUCUCCACCGCUCUUGCCUUAAGCCGGCCUCUGGCCCACUUCAGACCGCACAUGGACCCAGACCCCAGCCGGCCCGUUGAGAGGGCCAUCAGAACUAAACUGACCGAUAUGCUCAAGCCUGAGCACUUGGAGGUCCACAAUGAAAGCCACAUGCAUGCUGUGCCCCCGGGCUCCGAGUCCCACUUCCGGGUUUUGGUUGUCAGCCCGAUGUUUGAGGGCCUGUCUUUGAUACAGCGUCACCGGUUGGUCAACGAGGCUUUGCGCGAGGAGUUGAGUAGCUGUGUUCAUGCGCUGGCUAUCCAGGCAAAGACCCCUGAGCAGUGGGGCAGCAACCCCACCCUGGCCAAGAGUCCACCCUGCUUGGGAGGCUCUAAGGGAGAUCACACCAUGGAGGAGAAACUGAAGGCCGGACGAGAAUGAAUUGUUGGACUACAGGACGGGGUUGUCCUGGUCUGGACUGUGAGAAAUGGAAUGGGGUGCUGUAGAAAAGUUUCAGUAAUGAAAUCUCUGUGUUUCUUCUGUAAAUUUAUGCAGUAGUGAUGCUUGGAGAUUUGGGUGUUCCAUCUGUCAUUCAGGACCAGUUAAUAAUUCCAUCACAGAUUGUCAUGCAAGAAUGCUUUUCUUUUGAUAUCAUACCUUAUCAAAAAGGUAAUAGUAAAUAUUAAGGCAACUGUUUUAUUUUAGAGGAAAAUUGGAUAUUCUAAUCUCACAUUUUUCUAGAAGUGGUUGCAAAUUUCUUGCACUGUUGUUUCACAACUGCUGAACAAAUACAGAAAACUUAGCGACAUCAAAUAGGUCAAUCUGAUGAUUAUAUACUUUAUAAGGCAAAGAUAUUUUUUUUUCAUCAGAUGAGUGCACUGACAAACUAAAGCUGCUGUCUUUGAAGCUCAUUAAGACCAUAUUGCCCAAACUUUCAAAACCUGAUGUAGACUACUCAAUAUUACCUCCGGCUAAGGUGGGGUAUAACACUGUAAAAUAAUUCUGUCAUGGAGGUGUGUAUGUGUGCAUUUAUAUUUUUAGCUUUGACCUUUCUCUCCUGUGUCAGUAUAGCAGGGUAGAAGUCAGAGCGCAAAGCUAUUUUCAUAUUUCUUUGAAGUGACUGGACAUACUCAGUAUUGUUGAAUAAAAUGUAAAUAAAAUUCUGAAAUUCA